AUGCAGGGGCUGCUGAUUUUGAGUGUGCUGCUGGGGGCAGUCUUUGGCAAUGAGGACUUUGUGGGGCACCAGGUGCUCCGAAUCACUGCGGGUGACCAAGCCCAGGUGGACAAGGUGAAGGAGCUGCAGGACCUGGAGCAUCUACAGCUGGACUUCUGGAGGGACCCUGCCCAGGCUGGCUCCCCCAUCGAUGUCCGAGUACCAUUCCCCAGCAUCCAGUCUGUUAAAAUCUUCUUGGAAGCCCAUGACAUCAGCUACAAGGUCAUGAUCGAGGAUGUGCAGUUAUUGCUGGAGGAGGAGCAAGCACAGAUGUCUGCUGCCCGGGCACGGGUCCGGGCCCAGUCCACCAGCACCUUUAACUACGCCACCUAUCACACCCUGGAGGAGAUCUAUGACUUCAUGGACCUGCUGGUGGCUGAAAAUCCACAGCUUGUAAGCAAGAUCCAGAUAGGCAACACCUUUGAAGAUCGUCCCAUUUAUGUGCUGAAGUUCAGCACCGGAGGGGACAACCGUCCAGCCAUCUGGAUUGACACAGGCAUCCAUUCCCGAGAGUGGGUCACCCAGGCCAGUGGGGUCUGGUUUGCAAAGAAGAUCACUGAAGACUAUGGCCAGGACCCAACUUUCACUGCCAUUCUUGACAACAUGGACAUCUAUCUGGAGAUUGUCACCAAUCCUGAUGGUUUUGCCUUUACCCACAGCACGAAUCGCAUGUGGCGCAAGACUCGAUCUCGCACGCCGGGCUCCUUGUGCAUUGGGGUGGACCCCAACCGGAACUGGGAUGCUGGCUUUGGGCAGCCGGGAGCCAGCAGCAACCCCUGCUCAGAAACAUACCGGGGCAAGUCUGCCAACUCUGAAGCAGAGGUCAAGUCCAUCGUGGAUUUUGUUCAGGACCAUGGAAACUUCAAGGCCUUUAUCUCCAUCCACAGUUAUUCCCAGCUCCUCCUCUACCCCUAUGGCUACACAGCAGACCCCGUGCCGGACAAAGAAGAGCUGGAUCAGCUGGCCAAGUCUGCGGUGAAUGCCCUGAGUUCUCUGUAUGGGACCAAGUACAAGUAUGGCAGCAUCAUUAAGACAAUUUACCAAGCCAGUGGGGGCACCAUUGACUGGUCGUACAACCAGGGCAUCAAGUACUCCUUCACGUUUGAGCUCCGGGACACCGGGUUCAGAGGGUUCCUAUUGCCAGCCUCACAGAUCAUCCCCACGGCCCAGGAGACAUGGCUGGCCCUUCUAACCAUCAUGGAACACACCCUCAACCACCCCUACUGAAGCAGCCCUUCAGCACCC